UCCCUGCUGGUCUAUCGAGGUUUCGAACCCCCGCGGAGUAACUGUUACCGAUGUGCUGGUAAGAAUCCGUGAGGCCCUUCACCGGGGUGUAUCUCCCCAGGAGGCUACGGGUGUGAAAAGGGUCGAUCUCCUCGGUCCCAACGUGUUCUUUGCAGGACUGUCGCCUUCGCUGGAUGGCCAAAACCGUUGGGACGUUCACUUUGUCUCGACAGCGUGAACACUCACUUGCCUGCCCUUCCUCUGGCACUCACGUCAAUUUCCGUGAAGCAGUAAUCAACAUUUUACCUGGUCAACCUAUUUCAUCUAUUUGCUCUUGACAUGCUUUGUUACAAGUUGAACACUAUCCCUUCUUCUCUGUAUCGCUCCUGCUUUGUAUUUGUUAUCGUUUCAAGUAUUAGAUCUCUCAGAGACACUGUAUUUUAUGAUUUUGUCUUAGUUUUUGUUCUCGUGAUGACUCCACUGCUGAGUAGAAUCAGAAAUCCACUUUGAUGUCAAG